GUGGUGCGCCAGGCACUCCCACUCGGCUAUCGCGGCCGCGGCCGGCUCGCGCUCAUUCACUUCAGUUCUCAGCCGACUGCCGCGGCGCCCGCUCGCCACGCUCGCACGCGCCUCCGAUGUUAGUUCACGAUUACGACAUCGCGUCGCAACUCGGAGUUUCGCCGUGACAUUGAACACACCCGACUCGAAUAUGGGUUAAACAACCCCAUCACGGAAAUGAGUCCGGGCGAGCGCGCCGCCCUCGGGCGCCGCGAUGCCCCUCGCCCUCACUAUGCCGCCACCGCACCGGGAUUCCCGCCACCGUACUACCCGCCCUACGGCGUACCACCACAUCCCAACGCGUGGCUCGGAGCACCCCUCAUUUCCAUGACGGGGCGCACGCCACCACCCCGCGACAACCCCGUAUCCAAGCUUGCCAUGCACGCUCAGGGAGCUCCACUCAUCAUACAGAACCGGCACGAUCGAAGAAAAUAUACAACCGUACCCGAGCAACGGAAUCACCGCGCCGUUGGCCCGACGGAGAACAUUGCGAGAGACAGAUGUGACCCUGAAAAUACGAGGCAUAGAAAUCAACAACAGCAGCAGCAAACGCGUCCUUCUCGAAGCGGACGUAACAACAAUACGGACGCAGUUAGUGUCGCUAGUGAUGAAAGUUCCGGCUCCACGAAUUCUGAAACGAUGUUGCCAAGAAUUAUAAAGCCACGAAAGCGACGUAAAAAAGAUAGAAAACCUAAUAACUUAGUGCCACACGAUUUAACAUCCGGUGCAUUGGAUCUCGGCGAUGUUGAACACUGUACUAAUAUGGGGUCCUCAUCGCACGGCAUUUACGAGAAAUCUUACUCUCGAGAUAUGGCGUUACAGUAUUCUUUGAACGUGAAAGUCUUAGACUACCCGGACCCAGCGCCGGAGACAUAUAGGGUGGCUGCAUUAGGCGAGGCAUUCGAGGCUACUCGUUUUGGAUUAGCGGAGGCGGCUUCCCCUUCGGAAUCUGCUGUCAGUUCGUGUCAGUGUCGGUAUUGCGAUCCUGUCGGACAGAUAUGGGAUGCCAAUUCCAUUGCGCAUUUAUUGGAUGAAAAUUCAAGUGUUGAUUUUGCACCCACGAAAUUAGAAGACUCCAUGAAAGUCGUGGGACCAUUGGGUAGGCGUGGUGCGGAUACAGUGCUUAGACGUAGUUGGAGCGAUCCUUCAGCGAGAAUUCCGGAAAGGAAAGCGAAUAAUAGCGAGACAUUUUCGGCUCCCAAUCUUUAUUCGUUAUUCCCACCUCCGAGAAGAACUAGUUCUCCAGAGCCCAGGUCGCCACUGGCUUUGGAGAUAUCUUCUGAGAUUGUCACUUCAAUAAACGGCCACCGUGACUUGGAGAUUAAGUUAUUUUCGACCUCGCCCUCGGCUUCGACUUCCGAACGUCGCUCUUUUUUCGAGGAUACAAGUGAAAGUGCUGUAAAUGAUAGGAGUGCGAACAUGAAAUCUGAGCUGAAAUCAAACAGUGCAGUGAGCUGUGAAAAAGUGGCAAGUGCAAACAUUGUUAAAAAGAGUGUAAAUGUGGAUUCGGGGUGCAUGAAGGCACUCGGGGCCGGCGAGAACUCGCGCAACAUUUGUGAUUUAGCCUUAGUUUCUGCCUAAUUGUCUUCGUUGACCAUUUUAAUUAUUGUCGUAAUAUUUGGAUGCGUAUGAUUUAUCAGUUCAGAGGGGCUUCACGCUCGCCAUUUGAGCUGGACUCAAAUCAUCACAGCGAGGCAAACGCGGAGUGUCUCAACGCGACCCAAUAAAAUCGAGAUCUCCGAAUCGGUUUCCUGUAGAUUCUAUAAUUAAUUUAUUUUUAACAAUAGCUUAGAAAAACUUGGUGGAACUUUGUCUGGAGCAUUUAUAAAUUAUGAUUCGCCGUUGUGCAAAUAAAUACGGAUUGUGUCGUUCAAUACUGGACGACAUGAUGUUAGGUGUUGGGUUCUUUUCAAUCGGGGAUUAUUUAUUCAUUGAUGUGAUAUUAGUGGGGCAUAUUGCAAGCGUUUGCCAGUUGCCUUAAUAAUGUACUGUGCAAUUAUAGUUUGACACUACUGACACGGUUGCGCGGAUGCGUGCUCGCUAUUGCGGUUUCCCGUGGUUUUCUCCGCACGCCGUUCCGGGUGGCGCCUCGUGCGCACCGGUUCAUAGCAUUAAUGACUUUUUUAUUCCUUCGCGUGGCUCACUUUUACCAUAACCGUUUUGCUCAGCCGACUCGGUGGUCUGAACUAGUAGCUAGUGGCCUUGAAUUAUAGCAGAUAGUUUAACAUCAAUAGAUACAAAAAAUUGUUUUAAAUUCACAUGAGUUAUCUGCCUUCAUAUAUUUUGUUAAUUCGUUACAUUUUAACAUGUUAAAUUACUGUUACUAUUCCAAAAUUUUCGUAACAAUCUAAAUUAGCAUAUUUGCUACCACAUAAGCAGUUCUUUUUCCGCGUUUUACGUAUAGUAAUCAAUAAAAUGUACAUUGUGAAUUAUUCAUUAUUCAUUUUUAAAGUCAACCACUGAUAAUGAAUGACAUUUUAUGAAUGUCGUAAUCAGUUAAUUAUUUUGACUAUCACGGUAGACUGAUAAUUGAGGUUAAUACGUUAAUUAUUCAUUAAUCAUUGCUUAAGUUGUUUGGUUACUUGUCGAAUUUCAUCAAUAACAAGAAUGUGUGUGGUUUUUUUAAACCAGAUUUAUUUAGAGGGGUUUGGUCACAAAGCGUACGAUUCACCCCCUGUAGUGUAUACAAAAGAAAACUGACUCUGUGUUAUACUGAUAAAACACACUAUCAUUGUAUUACCAUUAACAGAGUCACUAAUCAGCAUCAUUAUCAUAAUGAUAGUAAUCUAAUUCUUUGUAUAGCCAAUUAUUUAAUUAAUUGUCAGUUUAUCUCUCAUGCAGAUACUAGGAAGUAAUAAACGUUUUAUCUUAACAUUAACCCCUUUUAAACAUAGAAAGUCAUAAUAAUCAUAUCCUUUAGUCGAAGUACUUACCUAAGCUUAUUUUUACGAGCAAAUCCAAGAACACAUAAUAGCCAAACGCAAUAAAAUAAAAACUCAAGGAUGUCGCAUUAAAAUACGUAACUCCCCCGAAAAAAAUACGUUGAUUGAAUAAAUUCAUGUUUGAAAGUUGUAAAGUAUAACAUAUUCUCUACUACUGUUUAAAAAAGGUGCAAUUCACAUAAAAAACGAAGAUAAUGUUUUAUCCUUAACAACUUCGUUAUCAGUAUCUAUUGAACGAGCGCGUAGUUCAUUCACUUCGUCGAUAGUGACUACACGGCUUUAACUUUGAUAUAUAGGUAAUCCAUAAUAGGUACCGCCACAGUUAACCACAGUAAGGGAACUUCUCUAAACGUCGAGUCUUCAACGUCACUGGCAGGCGUCAAAUGUACUAACAUUUGACGCCUGCCAGUGAAAGUAGCCCUAUUGUAGCCCUAUUUGUCUAUGAUUUCACGUCACCAUAGCCUAAUAUCGUUGAUUCAGAAUCAAACCGAGAGUUCCCUCACUCUAAGUUCACUUGGUACCGGUAGAAGAUUUUAUGUCUGGUCAAUUUACGACUGAAGUUAAUAAAACCAAUCCUAUCUUUUAAUCUGUAGAUGCUAGAUAGGUUAUAUAGAAAUUACCAACGUCGCGUCGCUCGUAACUUACCGUGAGACUACGGAAUACGGAUAGAUUGGUUAUUAAUUUUUAUUAGUUUAGCUUAUAGUUCACGAACAUAAGAAUUUUACCAUUGAUUGUUUGUUAUGCGUUGCGUAGAGCAGAAUUAUAUUAUUAUUGGAUUAUUAGCAUUUGGCAUUCAAUAUUUUUUUAUUUUCAAAGUUAAAAAUUGAUAUUAUUUAAAAUUUAUUGAAAAUAUUUCCAGUGCUGUUACCAACUUAUGAUCACUGAGACUAAAUACUGUUAGGUAUACUUAUUCUAAGAUCUGUAAAGUAGUUAAUCUUUCUGGAUUAAAGGGACGGCCACUCACAUAAUACAUUAAAAUAACUUGUGGUCACAAAAAAUGUUCGAAUGACUGCAUAUUGGCAUUAUCUGACAAAAUAAUUAUAUGCAUUAUCACGAUAAAUUAAAUAGGUACCUACCUAAUAAUAUAUUCUUACCUUCUAACCUUUUAUUGACAUUGGAAUAAGGUAAUAAGGCAUGUCUUGGUUUACCACUGCCUUGAUAAAUACGCAAUAAUUUGUUUAUUCUAAUUUGCAUACGUACAUAAAGAAGUAGUAUCGGCUAACUUCAAACAUAAAUAAAAUACUCAUGGAAUAAUUACUUAGACCACGGCAAAUCGUUAUUUAAGAAUAUUAUAACAUAUAUUUCUUUGUGGAAGGGUUAAAAACAUGAACGGCGAAUCAUUAAUUUUUUCUUUACAAGUAUUGCUUUAUGUUUAUUAGUUUUUCUCUUCGUGUUAAGGGUCCAACAGUGGGAACACCAGAUGAAGUUCCAUAUAAUGUAGAUAAAUGUGAAUAUAACUAAGUUACACACGAAAUCGUUGGGUUUUACACUACUAUGUGCUGUUUUGUGUACCUUUACUAUUUUUUUAUUUUUGUCUUAUGUUAGCUUUGCGCCGUAUACGCGUGGGACGACAUGAUAAAUCGGUUCUUGUUUUAUUUUUCACUAAGAUAGGCUCGACGUAGACGAGGAGUUAUUGCGGUGUGUUAUCAAAAUGGGAAAAAAAUCCAAUUUUGAAUGAAUAUUCGCACAGGUUACCGCUUCCAGUAAUUGAAAUUAAAUUAUUUAUAGCGUUAAAACGAUCGUGAGUGAUACUUAUUAUCUAAAACGGCUAAACUCACGUUUUAUGUUGGAAUAUGCCCGACUAGUUUCCGACCCAUCCGGGUAUUUAUUCAUGGGGGUGUUCACUGUUCACACGAUGCGACGGGGCGCAAAGCAGUUAGCUUGACAUGCUCCGACAAAAAUCGUGAGUUUAGUUUAUAUUUACAGUGAAAUUAAAUUUUAUUAAUUAAUAAUUAACUACAUUAUUAGAAAAAGUUUAAAUAAAAACGUAAAUAAAAAGCUCAAUGGCACUUAAAUGCCGCAGCUUUAAUAAUCUUCAAAUACUAUGCGGGUAGUAUGUUUUAACCGUGAAUUAUUAUAAUCAUUUCAAAUUUCUUUUAAUAAUAAUUUUCAUUCCAUUUGAUCUUGUAUCCAUUUUUUAACGAAAUUUUAUUUAAUCAGUAUCACGCAUUCCUAAACCGACGAUGGAAAAAUAUUAUAAAUUGGUAUAUUAUUAGAAAACGUUAAAUUACUAUCGUUUGGAAUUUCUGCGUAUAAUCUAUGGAAUUCCAUUUAUCCAACUAUAAUUUAUAUUGGAAGUUGUUAACUACUGUGUCGUCGAUUCGUCUGCGUAUUAGCGGGAUCAUAAUGCGUUAACAACCAAUGCAAUGGCCUGUUGAUUGCGUUAUAUAUCAAGUUAUUAUCGCUCUUCAAAUAACAAACCGGACACAUUAGCGUGCCAGGUCCCCUCUCUGUCAUCCAAAAGUAAAAGGGUGAUAGCGCUUUUUAUUACACCGAUAAGAAAUCCCUAAGCAAAGUGUGAUGUAAAAGUUCAUCAGUACUAAGUAAAUAACUUCAAGAUUGAAUUUUUUAGGCUAGGUUAUUCAACCCAGAGUAUUAAGACAUAAGAGUAUGUAAAGAAUUUUGGUAUUCAACGAACACGUAACUGCCAACGAAAGAUCGAACAUAUGAAUUGAUUGAGGUUGAUUAUUUUUUUGCGUUAUCAUAGUAAUAUACUUUAUUAAUUAAUCAUUCCUAUGAUGACGUCAUUUAAUCGCGCCAUAUAAAAGCUAGAAGUCCGGAAAAUGUGUAUUUAGAAUAAUUUUUAAAUAAAAUUAAUAAAUACUGCUAAGCUUUUUAAUUGAAAGAAGAUAAACUAGAGAUACCGUGUCUCCCACGACAUCCUUACGUCUAAGAAAACUCGAUUUUCCAUUCACAUUAAACGUAAACGCAUUGUAAUCCAAACCAGUUGUUUAGUAAAUCCUCCACACUUUUACAUAAUAUACCUACCUAUUCGCUUCAGGAGAAAUCUUUACAAUCUUUAUUAAAUCAUUAACGAUACUUUUGUUUUUUUUUUUUUUGAGAAAUUGUCUGCGUCGAGCCGACUUCUUGUCUCGGGAACAACGCGCGUCAACAGCUGUAAAACUCAACGAUACACUAAAGAAUUAAUGUAAACAAAAAAUAGGCUAUGUCUUAGAGCUCUCCGCAGACCACAUACUUUUGACCGGACGGUAUGAAAAAGGUAAAAGGGAGUGCGCAGAUUCGAUGAUUAAUUUUACCGAUAAAAAAACUGUAACUGUUCCGUCAGUGAAACACGUACCAUACAAUUCAAGUCUCUCCAUCUAACUAUCGGGCGACUAAACUCUUGAUAUGCUUCAUCAAUGCAAAUGCGCAGCCUAGCUGACUCUUUAAUCAACUUGAAUUCACACUUCACAAUUAUCAUCGCGAAGUAUUUAUCAGUAUCAGCUGUCUGGCUUAGCGCGUGAAUAGUCCUUUGAGCCACACGUAGUCCACGUAAGGCACACUCACGAAAGUGUUAAGAGUCAUAUUUAGCACUGCAUAAUUCAGUUAAAGCGUUCAUAAUAUUGGCAUGCCCUGUAGAUUAUAUUUAUAUUAGAUAUAAUGUAUUUUCUAAUAAGACAUAGAAAUUAGUCAAUUGGUCGAGCGCUGUUUUUAGAUUUUAUUAGAAACAAGGAAAGUGUCAGCUAGUCUACCCAUCUAACACUUUAGCCGGCGCAUUGUUCGCGUUCUCAGCCCUAUCCGAAUUACCUAUCAACCGAUCGAAAGUCUGCAAUUUGCGGGAGUCCUUACUUACUGAGUGAAUGCAUUUUAUACAUAAAAUUAUAAAUAGGUUUAUUCAUUUGUUUUGUGUACGUCGUGACGCACGAGUUACACGCUUGCACACUAUUUUUGUACAAUAAAAAAAAACCAUCAUGCCCUGAUA